UCUUCCUCCCUCCUCUUCUUGCUUUCAUUUAUAAAUCCCACUAAAAACGCCUCCAAACCCACUUGCCUCCCCCCCUCCCUCCUUCCCCGUUGACAUAAUUCUGUCUCUCUCUCUCUAAAUCUCAUUAGUCUUUCUCUCUAUAAAUUCCAUUACCGGCGAUGCAGGGUGUCCGGCGCUCCCAUCAGCUAUCCGACGGCGGAGUGCGGCUGGAGCUGACCCCCUCCAGCACCUCCCCUCUGGCCAUCGACGUGGCCGAGUCAGCAGAGAUGAGGAUCCAAAGGCUCAUAUCAGAGAAUCCAGUGAUCAUCUUCAGCAAAUCCUCCUGCUGCAUGUGCCACGUCAUGAAGCGGCUCUUCUCGAAGAUCGGCGUCCACCCCACCGUCAUCCAAUUGGACGACGACGAGAUCUCCGCCCUCCCUUCCUCCUCCGCCGCCCCCGCCGUCUUCAUCGGCGGCUCCCUCGUCGGCGGCCUCGAAAGCCUCUUCGCUCUCCACGUCAGCAAUCAACUCGUCCCCAAACUCGUCCAAGUCGGCGCUCUUUCUCCACACGAUGCGGUAUUGUAAUUUUUAUUACUAUUAGUAUCAAAAGAGGAAUUAUUAUUAGGAAAAACCAAAAAAAAAAACAAAAAAAAAUAUAAUUAAAGGCCUAUUUUCCUAGAUUGUGUGAAUGAAUGAAGACCAUCAUAGAGUGAAUGGAUGGCUAUGAUCAGUUUUUUACUGCAAAUCUUUUUGUGUCAAGGAAAGCAGUUUGGAUUUGGAUGCAUAUAUAUAGGGUUGUAUAUGAUUGUUGAAUAAUUUGAUUAAUUAGUACUAUUUUGCAAGGUUUAUAUGUAUAUAUGUUUGAGAGAAUUAGUCAUACUUGUUAGAUUAAAAGUUUUAAUUUUUUUUAUACAUUUAUUAUGAUUAUUGACA